GCUAAAUAAUGUCUAAUGUGUAUAUAGGGCAAUAAAAUCACAACAUCAUGUGAAGCACCUCUGCGUAACUCUAUAUUCUCUCUCUCUCCUCUUCCUGUCUCUCAGUCCCUUUCUUAAGGUAAUUUGCAAUGGCUGAACCUUCCAAGGUCAUUCACGUCCGAAAUGUGGGGCAUGAGAUAUCUGAAAAUGAUUUGCUUCAGCUAUUUCAGCCUUUUGGAGUCAUAACAAAGCUUGUGAUGUUACGUGCCAAAAAUCAGGCUCUUCUCCAAAUGCAAGAUAUUCCUUCUGCAGUUAAUGCUUUACAAUUUUAUGCAAAUGUUCAGCCAAGCAUAAGGGGGAGAAAUGUUUAUGUCCAGUUUUCCUCACAUCAAGAAUUAACUACAAUGGAUCAAAGUCAAGGACGAGAAGAUGAGCCAAAUCGAAUUCUUUUAGUUACGGUUCAUCACAUGCUGUAUCCUAUAACAGUGGAUGUACUACAACAAGUGUUUUCUCCCCAUGGAUAUGUGGAAAAGAUUGUAACCUUUCAGAAGUCAGCUGGCUUUCAGGCUCUCAUCCAGUAUCAAUCCUGUCAAAGUGCUGUUACUGCCAGAAGUACACUUCAGGGACGCAAUAUUUAUGAUGGUUGCUGUCAGCUAGACAUUCAGUUCUCAAACCUUGAUGAACUACAAGUGAACUACAACAAUGAUCGUUCAAGGGAUUUCACAAACCCAAAUUUGCCUACAGAGCAGAAAGGCCGAUCUUCACAAUCUGGAUAUGGUGAUGCAGGAAACAUGUAUGGGGUUCAAGGUUCUGGAGCCAGAGCAGUUGGAUUCUCACAGAUGGCCAAUGCUGCAGCAAUUGCAGCUGCCUUUGGGGGAGGUUUACCUCCUGGAAUAACUGGAACAAAUGACAGGUGUACAGUUCUAGUUGCAAAUCUCGAUCCCGAUAGAAUAGAUGAGGAUAAACUAUUCAACUUGUUCUCCAUUUAUGGGAACAUUGUCAGAAUUAAACUUCUCCGAAAUAAACCAGAUCAUGCACUUAUCCAGAUGGGAGAUGGUUUCCAAGCUGAAUUGGCAGUACACUUUCUGAAGGGAGCCAUGUUGUUUGGGAAGCGAUUGGAGGUCAACUUCUCAAAGCAUCCAAACAUAACCCAAGGUGCUGAUACACAUGAGUACGUGAAUUCAAAUCUCAAUCGAUUCAAUCGUAAUGCUGCUAAAAACUAUCGGUAUUGCUGCUCACCGACCAAGAUGAUUCACUUGUCCACCCUCCCACAAGACAUCACUGAAGAGGAGAUUGUAAGCCUCUUGGAGGAGCAUGGAACCAUUGUCAACAGCAAGGUCUUUGAGAUGAAUGGUAAAAAGCAGGCUCUUGUUCAGUUUGAGACUGAGGAGCAGGCUACUGAAGCCCUUGUGUGCAAGCAUGCAAGCUCACUUUCUGGCUCAGUUAUCCGCAUCUCCUUUUCGCAGUUGCAAAAUAUUUGAGGCUUUGGUAAGGACUUAAGGGAAAGCAGUCUUUAGGGACAAGGAAUUCUAAAUCUGGGAAGGAAAAUAUUUAUGCAGAUAAUGCCAUCUUCAUUGUCUUGUAAUGGUGUCUCUUUGCUUGCUAGUUUACUUAUAAAAACUGCUCUUGACGUUUUCUCUUUCAAUCAUUUUUGUCUUCUCAUCACGGUUGCCUCUACUAGAUCUUUAGGUUGCUAACAUAAUGUUGUGGGGCAAGAUUUAUGAUUGCAGAUAGAUGAAAGUCUUGAAGAACUGAAAGGGGAAAAUGACUACCUUUUUCAGAGUUGAGGGAUUGGCUUGUGGUUUUAUAAUUGUUGUAUAUGUUUUUGUAAUUCAGGCUAAGUAGUAGGCCUCUCUGUUGUAUUCUCAAUCCAUAUCAAAAUUUUCUUGUCCCACUAAACAAGAAGCUAAAUAUUUGUUUUUGGUUUAUUAUUGGUCUCUCUGUACUCUCGCUAACUAGUUUGGGAUAAAAAUGUGAUGUCGAUGGUGAUUAGUAACUCUCAUCUAGCUACAUAUAUCU